UAAAAAGGAGUCCCUUGAUGAAAUCUGUGGUAAUAGCAGAUCACAUGUAAAAAUGGUUUCUUCUCUUGCACUCUCCCGCAGAUUCAGUUCUAAAAUUUCUUCUUCAUAUUCCAGUUAUCUAAUCUCUCAACAACCCCUUAAUUCUCCCAAUUUCACAUCACCAACCUCUUAUGUUGAUCAAAAACUCAACAUCCCUUUUUCUUCUACCAAUUCAAUCACACCAUUAUCAGAUUCAUCAACUAUCUUCUCUAGAUUUCUCGGCCUAACUCAGCAAAAACCAUUAAACCCUAACCAUACUUUCAUCAGAUCUUACUCAAGUUCUGUAUCUAAGUUCCAUUCUUCAGAAAAAUUGAUCAAGUUUCUCACGCUAUCUAAUCCUAAUUUGUUCUUAAGUGAAACUCGUAGAAACUCUAACCCUAGAUUAUUCUCAACUUCCAAUGAGCCCGUUUCUGAUAAACCCCAAACCCCUAUAGCUGAUGAAUCCAAAAACCCUAAUGAAACCCGUGAAUUCAAACAUCAAGAGAUCGAAGGACCUACAGUGGAACGUGAUGUGUCAAAUUUAGCUAAUGAAACCCGAGAUGUUUUACAAGCAACUAUGAAGAACAUGUUCAACUUUAGUAGAGCUUUAGCUCUUCUUGGUCUGGUUCAUCUAGGUUAUGGAGCUUGGAUUUCUUAUGCUACUCAAGCUUCUCCGUUUGCAGCGGUUUCAUUCCAGAGUAUUUCAGCUUUUGCAUUUCCAUUUUCGUUGGCGUUUCUUCUGAGAAAUUCGUUAAAUCAUAUGGCGUUCUACAAGAAAAUGGAGGAAAUGGGAAGGAACAGACUGUAUUGUUGGUAAGCGUUCCCAUUUUCUGGUGAGACCCUGGGCUGUUAGCUGAAUCUCCUGUGCUGUCCUGACUGUCAACCACCGGGAAAGCUUUUUGCUCCGAGACUUCCCCUACAGUCAUUCC